AAUACCCCUUCACUUCGUGCUCAGACCUCUGUUGUGCAGGAUGGCUGAAUCUUAUGUGCGACUCGUGGAACUGUUAGGCUUUGAGAAAAGAUUCUUCCCCAGUCAGCACUAUGUGUACAUGUUCCUGGUUAAAUGGAGUGAUCAAUCUGAAAAGGUGGUGUACAGGCGCUAUCCAGAAAUCCACACAUUUCAUAAAACUUUGAAGGAAAUGUUCCCUAUUGAGGCAGGAGACAUUGAGGCAAAGGACAGAAUCAUUCCCACAUUACCAGCUCCUAAAUGGCUCGACAACCAGAAAACGACAGAGACGAGGCAGGUGACUCUCGCUGAAUACUUUCGCUCUCUUCUCAACUUGCCUCCGAAGAUCUCCCGCUGUCAGCUUGUACGUGACUUCUUCAAAAUGCGGCCUGAAGAUGAAACUCCACCAGCACCACAUCCAUACAAAAGAAAUGAGACAUUCAUUAUGUCCACAAACAGAGCACGGAGCAACACCACAUCAGAGAUCACAGGCCCUAUCAUGCUUGAGAGCUACAGAGUGAUUGCAGACUACAGCAAGAGCUCAAAGUAUGAGCUCUCUCUAAAGAUGGGAGACAUGGUGGACAUUGUGGAAAAAAGCCCAAAUGGCUGGUGGUUUUGCCAGUGUGAGUCCAGGAGAGGCUGGGUGCCAGCUUCAUAUUUAGAGCCUCCGGAUGGAGCAGAAGAAUCAGAGGAACCAGAGCCUAAUUAUGCAGGAGAGCUCUACAGAACCACUAAAGGGUAUAAAGCUGUUGAAGUGGAUGAGUUGACUCUCGAGGCAGGAGAGAUGAUCGAGGUCAUCCAUAAACUUCUUGAUGGGUGGUGGGUGGUCAGGAAAGGAGAAGAUACAGGCUUCUACCCAUCUAUGUUCCUGUGCAGGAUGGGAGAGAGGAAAGAGGUGGAUGCUGAGAAAAAUGUGGUCAGUAGAGCAACACCACCACCCAGAAGGUCUACCAUUCGCAAUGCCCACAGCAUCCAUCCUAAGGGACGUCAGCGAAUCAGUCAGGACAGCUAUCGAAGACAGAGUCGACGGUUCUUACAGCAGCGAGGAAGACUAAACUCCCAAUCCAGGCUUGUGACACGAUCUCCACUGCAGGAGAGGAAGACAAACAGAGAGAACAUCGUAAAAUCAGGCUCUCCUCAAGCAGAAGAUCUGGAUAAAAGUAUUCCAGUCAUUCCUCCUCGGCCCAGUCCUCAGCUCAUUCUGGAGCGCUGCACUGAGAACACAUGCAAGAGAAUCAGCAUCCAUGAGGCCAACUGAAGUGAUGAUGAUGAUGAUGUGUUCAAUCUUGAUUUCAAUCUGUGUUAAAAAUGGUCACGGCAUUCAGAUACUUGUUUAUACAAAUGCUCUGUUCAUUCCUGCUUAGGCCAGAACCUGUUAUAAGCUAUGCGUUAAGAGAUUUUAUACGUGUAACGUUUAUGUCAUAUUCCAGAAUGCAUUUUUAUGACUUGCUGUGUUUGUUGAUGUUUUUGUAAACAGUUAAAUAAGUAAAUAAAUCAUAA